AUGACUAGACCUCUUUGGGAAAUAAUGAACGUGCCAUUGCCGCAUGAUAUAUUUUUAUUUUCAGCAUGGUCCCUGGUAUUCCCUGUAGUUGAAGUAUUGAGAGCUGAGCCAAGGGCGUCCAGAUGGACAGUGCGCCCGAUUGGGAAAUAUCCUUAUCGCUUAUCAGUCACAAUCUUUUCUAGCCUCAACCUCAGCUUCAAGAUUCAUUCACCUUAUAAUCCGAACGAGCCAUACAGUACCCGAUCCGUACUGCUUCAAAGACGCCGCCUCCUCUCAACCCCAAUCCCAACUCACACCAACACCAACACCAGCAACCUAACACAACCACACAACGCCAUCAUGGUCCGCCUCAAAAGCCGCUACCUCCUCGUGGACAUCCUCUACCCAGACCCAAAAGCCUGGCCCACAACUCCAACAACAAAACCACACAAACCCCAACUAGCAAUCCACUCCCCAACCUCCGACGCCCUAACUCAAGGCUUCCUAGCCAAGAUGAUCCGCGAGUCCGUCGCAGAGCUAUACGGCGACUAUGGAAUCGGCAAGCUAGGCGGUGCCUCCGCAGGCGGAAUAACGAUAAAAUACCUCUCACCAGCAACAUCCACCGCCAUAGUGCGGUGUCCACGCGCCGCUUUCCGCCUCGUCUGGUCAGCGCUUACGUACAUGUCCGGCGUGCCAGAGCCAGCAAAUGGUCAGAAACGCGCGGGGACGGGACGCGAGCGUGGGUGUGUUUUCCGCGUGCUUCGGGUUUCCGGGACGAUGCGGAAGGCUGAGGAGGAGGCUAUUCGGAGGGCUAGGAGGGAGAUUGUUAGGGUUAAGGACGCGGAAGAGAAGGGAGUUCUUGGGGGGUUGGUUGGUGGGGGGUCUGCUGUUGUUGAUUGUGUUAUGGAUGAGAGUGAGGAUGAGGGGGUGGAUGAAUGA